CCCGCCCGAGGCCCGCGCGCGACACUCAAGAUGCUACAUUUCCGAUCCUCGCCUGCCAUUUCGGCGCCCGCUCUGCGUCUGCCUCGCGCGUCGCUCACGUACCCCUGCCCUCCGCGUCUUCCCAACUGCCGCCGCCUCCAGUCGCUGGCGCGCCGCUGCGCAUUCUCGCGCGCGGGCGCUUGCUGACUAAUCCGGCCCCGCGGCCCGGCCUUCCGCUCGCGCUGUUCCGUCCGACUCUCGACGAGUCGGCGUCGCCCGCUCGAGCUGCCUACAGUAUAUUUCGCCUAUCAACACCGCAUGCCCUCUAAUUUCGGCUACGCCUUGACGUCCUCGCCAAUUCUCCGUCUGUCUGGUACCUCGUCCUCAACUACACUUGCCGUCGCCAUAUUUUGCUCGCCAUCGAACUGCCAUUUUCUCGGUUGCUCGUCUCGUUGCCUCGUCUCGCCUCGCCUUGCCUCGCUCGCUCGGUACUUCGGUGUUCUUGUUUAUAUGGCCUUGGUUCUUGUUUUUUUCGGACACUGGUGCUUGAUUUUCGAGGGGUUGGGCGGGUGUAACGUGACCGUUACUGGUCACGUUCCUCAACUAUAUAAGGCAGGCUUUGUCCUGUUGUAGAUACCACCUUUGUACCCUACGUCCAUCUGCUAUACACUCACGGCCGUCAUCUGUCA